GUUAUCUGGUUUUAGACACCCCUUCCUCGAUUAAGAAAUGAAGGAAGAGUGGUUCUAUGUGUCGGGGGAGUGGCAGUUUCAUUCUGCCGAGGUGAAUAGGGACGACAUGGUCCCAGCGCUUUAUCACUCGUUAUGUAAGUAACUGCCUCUUGGUGUUUUGACCUAGAUUGUAUUCCGAGCGGCUCUAAUUGAUAUCAUGUUACUGUGCAGAUUACAAGAGGCCUAUACUGAAGAAAGACACUCAGAGACGAGCGAAAGCAAUUUGUGCAUUGCGGAAGAAACAAAGAUCUUGCGAAUUUUUGCUCUCGAUUCCAGGCCGGCUUGUUUCAAACCAAGGUGCCGGGGCCUUCCACCGUUGCAACAUCUACAUCGGUUCCAAUCAAUUCAGCUCACAAUUCAGAAAUGUUGGGAUACAAGGCGACGAAAGAUGCGGCCGCAGCGAAGGCCAAGAAGAGGGACCUCCCAGAACGGGAUGAAAGUCGUUCUGAGGAAGUGGAGGACAAGGUCCCCUUGAAGAAGAACCAUAUUGGUACGCCGGCCGCACCAAGGGUCCCUGAAGCUGAUCCUGCGUUGAGCUCUUCUCCUUUGGUGGCCAUCACUUUGCCAUCUCCAGCUCAUACCUCGCCACCUCCUGUGGCACUUGCUUCCACUUCGACUAGCUCGACAAGGGUGCAAGAGAGGUGCCCGAACUUACAAAGGCCAUCACUGGACAGUCUGCUAGGCCACUGUCCAGAGAUCUUCCUAGAUUACUUGCGAGCUCCAUCUCCAUUGAGGGAGGUUACUACUGCACUUCUCCCACCUCUGCGUGAUUUUGCAAACCUGCUUACUAGGAGUUGCGAUGAAAGGGAGUAGGGCUUCCUUAAUGAGAUGCCCAUAGGUGAGGCUCUAGUGACUGCUCAACUCCAUGCCCAUCACUCUAUCCUUUACAUGACGGCCGUAGCUGAUAAGGCGAAAUCUGAACUCGACAAAUUGAUGGAGGCCAAGGAUCAGACCUUGAAUUUGUAUAAUAGCAUGGAGGCUGAGAGAGCUUAGUUUGCAAUAAAAGAAAAAGAAUAUGAGGAGAAGCUUAACACGAUAGGGUUUGAGCUGAACUCGAGGCUGGAGAUGGAGGAGAAGUGGAUGGGGGAGAUCUCUGAGGGAGGAUGCCGAUUGUAGGGCUGAGGUUCAGGAGAAGAGGAUUUAGGAAGAGAGAGUUCGGACUGAGGAGAUUGUGGAAAAGGUACGGGAGGCAUAUGAGAGAGCAAGAGAGGCGAUGCGUAGAGCUGAGGAGGUUGAAUCUAGGGCUGCGAGGGCAGUGGAGACUUGGAGGUCAUCCUCUGAGUUUGACGCUUUUGCUCAGGAUGCUUACGUCGUGGCUCUGGAGGAAGUAGUAAAACACAUUCACAGAGAGAGGUCAGGUUUCGACGUGGGUUUCCUUGAGGAGGCUGUGGAAGAGCAGAAGGAAGAGCUUCAGCAUUUGUCGAAAGUGGCAGGGGUUUGGAUUUCUCCCGCUGAUGAAGAUGGUGUCGCUCCUCGCGAAGAUCUCCCUCUCCCUAGCUCUUCUUAGGACAUUUUUUGGAUUUGUGAUGAAUUUGUUAAACUUUAUGGAUAUCUUGUUUGUGC